UUAUAUCAGCCUGUUGUCAAGUUAUUCAACCAACGCGUUGAAGCUGCUGACACUUUGCCGUGCCCGUUAUUACCGUUAAACUGAUAAGGUAUAGUAACUAACUGACUUAGCUAAACAUAGUAAGCUGGAUAAGUGAGUACAUUAGCCAGCUGUGAGCUAAGCUACCGGUUACACUGUAGGGAAGUCUCAACUAUUUCUUGCUAUAUUUCAAUAUUCAGCUGCAUAUAUUCAAGCUUUGUUGGCAUUAACCAUCUUAACGACAUUAUAAGAUGAGAUUACCACAGCGAUUCCUCACACUACACGCAGCACCUGUGAGGAGGGCAUCCUCGGUCCCUGUGGUGAGCUUUGUCCCCGCCUGCAGCACCGCAGACACCCACUCCCUGGAGCUGCUGCAGGACUUUGUGUCCCGAGCAAGUCGCCUGUUUGUCAUCAGUGGAGCCGGACUCUCCACCGAGUCAGGGAUCCCCGACUAUCGUUCAGAGGGCGUCGGGCUGUAUGCUCGCACAGACAGGCGACCCAUGCAGCACGCGGAGUUUGUCCGCAGCGCAAAGUCCCGUCAGCGCUACUGGGCCAGAAACUUUGUCGGGUGGCCGCAGUUCUCCUCCCAUCGGCCGAACUCCGCACACGAGGCCCUGCAGCAGUGGGAGCGGAGAGGCAAGCUGCACUGGCUGGUGACACAGAAUGUGGAUGCUCUUCAUUCAAAGGCAGGACAGAAACGACUGACCGAGCUCCACGGCUGUGCCCACAGGGUGUUGUGUCUUGGCUGUGGUGCCAUCUCAGCGAGGGAGGAGCUGCAGACGCAAUUUGUAGCGCUAAACCCGGACUGGAGAGCACAGACGGGCGGCGUGGCUCCGGAUGGUGAUGUCUUCAUAGAGGACGGCCAGGUCCUCAAUUUCCGAGUUCCCUCCUGUGAGAGCUGUGGAGGGAUACUGAAGCCAGAGGUCACGUUUUUUGGAGACACCGUGAACAAAGCGACGGUACGGUUUGUGCACGACAGACUGGGGGAGUCGGAUGCGGUACUGGUGGUGGGGUCGUCGUUACAGGUUUAUUCAGGAUACAGGUUUUUACUGGCAGCUGGUGAUCGGAAAAUGUCCGUUGCCAUCGUGAACAUCGGGUCCACGAGGGCUGACCACCUGGCUGAGCUGAAAGUGAGCAGCCGCUGUGGCGAAGUGCUGUCGGUCAUCCGACCUCUCUGACCGUCAUGGACGUGCAGUUUGGGUAAUCUACAUUAAGAUGGUCAAAACUACCUCAGAUUCAAACUGGUAAACAACAUCAUCAACUUCAGGAGGAAUGUCUCGACUGGCACUUUGUUCGAGCUACAUAAAAGUAACCAGGAGCAUUUACAAUUCGCUGCCAUUAUCAAAGGACGACAAUAACUAACAUCUACUCUCACAUAUGUUAUGCAGAACCAGUGAAAACAAGUGUGCCUGUCUUGGAAAUUCAACUUCUCUUCACAGUACAGAUUGCUGUCAGUUGAUCAUCAUCUUGGUGCGACACAUCUGCUCUGCCAGGGGAAACAAGAAGCCUCGAGCUGUACUGUAUUUAGCACCGGCUAAAUACCAUAUAGAAUAUGUGCAGCAGAUCAUGCAGCGUGUGGUUCACUGUCUGAAGGCCCAGAGUUGACAUGACGAUUGGAGGAUGGGGCCACGUGGUUCGUCUUCUCAGGCUCUGUUCAACGUUGUGUACUGAUGCUGCUUUUAUUUAGAUUAUUGGAAAUAUCGAUGAAGCAGUGUUCUUGUUUGUGAAACCGCAGGCUGUUAUUGCACAAAGCUAACAAUCAUGUUGCAGUAAGACACAGUGGGUAAUUUGACAAUGUUUUAGAAACUAAUUCAAGUGGAGAAAAUGUAAAAUACACUGUAAUCAACUGGUUUUAAAGGGUGGGAUUCGAUUUGCACUAUCCUGGCAUAAUUUUGUGUGUUUUUAAAUAAUGGUGCCGACACUGAUGUGUGAACAUUUUAAAUGUUAACAUAGUCAACAGAAUCAACAUUUUCUUAAUAUGUUAAACAUAUAACUACAAGUAUGAGGCUUUAAAUUACAAACUACAUCCUGUCAAUCAGUGGCUUAUGUUUUACCUGAAACUAAUGCAAAUAUUUAUAUUCAGUCAUGACAAACAUGCUAUUUUAUGAAUAAUGCCAAAGCAUUAAAGCACUUCAUCCAUGAAAUGAAAUGUAUUGUGUGUUUGCAUCGUGUCAACCAGUGCAUGUUAAGAAAUAAAGAGCUGUUUAAUGUAGAAAUAAAGUAAAAACCACGUUCAUUUAAGUUUAUUUUAAAGACAAAUUUCAUGUCAGCAUCACAAACAGACUGAGGGCAGAGUGACUGUGGAUUGACAAAACGUAAGAUCCGUUAGAACAUUUUGCUGCUUAAAUCGCUCUUGUAAACAAAGCCUCCAGUGUUCCAGGUUGGACUGCAGCGCUUUAAGCAGCACAGCCGGGAAGCUGAAGGAGUACAGACAAAACCUGUGACCUGCAGAGUCUGCCUGCCAUGUUGCUGAAGCUGUAGUUACUAUCAGGGGAGUCAUAGACAGACAGUUUUCAAAGCUCUUGGUCUGAUCAAACCAGUAAGUGACAG